AGCUUUAACAAGCAGCCCGUGUGCAUGUUCCAGUGCUACCGAAUUGACCUCACGCGAAGCCGCCUCAACGUCUGUAAUCGGGCCAAACUCGUUCGGAACGAGCCAAUUCAUCCUUACCACACACAUUCGACAUCAUGCUACCACGACUGGCAGCUAGGACAACUUUGCGCCUGUCCCAACGGGCCGGCGUUGCCCAGAGGGCCUUCGCGACCUCGACUCCCAGACUCAACCAGACCAGUGAGGCCAAGGACAGUCUCCUGAACAACAAGGCCGAGACCACGCCUGAAGUGAAGAGCGAGGAGGACUCGCUAGGCCUUUCCGAGAAUCAGGAGAGAGGACUCAAGCAGUCGCCCAACCGCACAGAGAUAUGGUCAAGGAGCCAACGGGCAAGAGCAAAGGCCAUGUCGGGUCCUCGGUUCGAGCAGACCGACUUUGAUCUCCAGCCUCAAGCGCCAGCAGCUAUCGAGCUCAUCCACAAGCAGCCUGUCACCUGGGUGCACGACAAGGUUGUCGCAUGUAACGGUGGCGGUGGCAUCGAGGGACAUCCUAGAGUCUUCAUCAACACCGACAAGCCCGAAAUCGCCGCCUGCACUUACUGCGGACUUCCCUUUGCCAACGAGCACAACCGCAAGCACCUUGAAUCUCUACCCGCAACCUCUUACCCUCUCGCAUAGAUCGAUAGUUUAUGAUGUGUACUCAAUACUGGUGUCUAAGGGCCAACAGCCGGAAAGGUUGAAAAGCAUGUGGAGAUGUGCUGGUGAUUCUGUAUAUAUGAGCGACCAAAAUCAAAGAUCACAAGUACUGACAAAGCAUCUACAAGUCGGUGGCUUUGUUCAGUAGGCUAUGUGUCAAUAGACUGC